GAGAAGGAGGAGGGGGGAGUCUGAAUUGGACUGGCUCGGUUCAUUCGCACCGCAGACCCCGCAGCAGGCCGAGGACAGGGGAGGCCCGAGGACGGGGAGAAAGAGGGGAUCAAGGUGGACCGGAUCUGAGAUCCCUUUCAGGUUGGGAUACAGCGGGACACCGGGCGGGGAGGGGGCCCGCAUGAUUCCUCACAAUCCGCAGGCUGUAAUGAUGGUGGUGAUGCACCGAGAGCUGAGCGGUGAAUUCCUGCAGAGCCCGACACACUGCACCCCGAUCCCGCCACCGAGUGUGAGCUGCUGCAGGGGCACACGCUUCUUCUCUCCAUCAGAGCCUCACCAGCACAAAACCGGAUUUCCACACCGAUGCUCGAGCCAAACAUCCCCGUGACGGACUACCUUGCAAGCUCCAUUCAUACUCCACCCCGUCUGCGGGAUGAGACGGGGUCUUGCGGCGGACGGAGAGACCAGUUUUGAAACGAGCCUGCGUUUUACUGCACCGGUUUCGAUGUGCAUGCACCGGUUGUUUUGAAUCGUGCGCUGGACAAGACCGGAGGGGGAAAACAUGUUGGUGCGAUGCUACCGGGGCAAGCUGUCGGCGUGGGCCGCUCUGUGCGUGCUGGUGCUCUGCUGGUUUUACAUUUUCCCCGUCUACAGGCUCCCCAGCGAUAAGGACAUAGUGGAAGAGGUGCUGAGGCAGGGGCAAGUAUGGCAGAAGAACCAGACGGGCAUCGAUUUGUACAGGAAGUUGCUGACAGAGUGCUGCAGUCCGCGGAGGAUGUUUGCGGUGACCAAGGAGAACUCGCCGCUUGGCAAGGUCCUGUGGUAUGAUGGCGAGUUUUACCACUCGCACACCGUCAACAAUGAGACCUACCCGCUCUUUGUGCAGGACAACCCUCUGCAGCUGCCCCUGAAGAAGUGUGCGGUGGUAGGCAACGGUGGCAUUCUGCGGCACAGCAAAUGCGGGAAGGACAUUGACCGGGCUGACUUCAUCAUGAGGUGUAACCUUCCUCCGCUUUCAAAGGAAUAUGUGGAGGACGUGGGAACCAGAACACAUCUGGUCACAGCCAACCCCAGCAUCAUAGAGAAAAGAUUUCAGAACCUUUUGUGGUCGAGAAAAGAUUUUGUGGACAGUAUGAAGGUCUACGGCUCCAGCUACAUCUACAUGCCAGCGUUCUCCAUGAGACCUGGCACUGACCCAUCAUUGCGGGCGUACUACGCCCUGGCAGAUACCUCCUCCAACCUCACCAUGCUCUUUGCCAACCCCGAAUUCCUGCGCACGGUGGGGAAAUUCUGGAAAGCCCGCAAUAUACAUGCCAAACGCCUCUCCACGGGGCUCUUCCUGGUCAGCUUGGCCUUGGGGCUGUGCGAGGAAGUGACGGCCUAUGGCUUCUGGCCGUUUUCCGUCGGCUUGGACCAGCAGCCGGUCAGCCAUCAUUACUAUGACAACAUCCUGCCCUAUAAAUGGUUCCACGCCAUGCCUGAGGAGUUCGUCCAGCUUUGGCAUCUGCACAAAAGCGGCACACUGCGUAUGAGAGUGGGACUCUGCCCCCCUCAGGAUGGAGGGAGUUAACUUGAUAGCGGUCAGCUGAAGUUUGGAGGGCUGAAGGAAGCAUAUGAAGACAUUUUGCUUGUGAAGCGACAGGAAGUUGUCGUGACAAAAAUGCUCACUGCAUCUGUGUCCAUACGCACUCCUGCCCCCACCCACCUCACCCCCCCCCUGCUAAUCCCUAAUUACCAUGAGAAUGUUCUCCACCCAGACCAGCACCAUCAGGGACAGAACACACACGGACACACGCAGCCAUACACACACAAUGUAAAAUAUUUGUACAUUCCCACAACUUGCCAUAUCUCCCCCUGCCCCUUCUGAAAUCUCUGUGUGUGCAUGGAUGUUUGUUUAUGGAAAGCCUCAGCUGAGACUAAUCAAGGUGAAAGUGUGUGGGGUUGGAGGGGUGGGGGUUGUUUUUUGUUGUUGUUGUUGUUUUGAGGGGUUUUUUGUAUGCUGACUACUGUAUCUGACUGACAUAUGGGGCAGCUGGACCAAACCCCCCCCUCUGGGUCUUUGUUAAACAGAGACAGAAGGAGUGGAGGACUGGCGGGGGGUAAUAAAACGCACUGAGAGACUGGUGAGAUGAGAGGAACAAGGGAGAGAUAAUGGUCUAGCUUGAAUAGGACUCAGAUUUAAUGGAGGGAAAAGAAACAGACUGGCAGGGGGGAAGAGAGAGUGAAAGCUGGCUGGUAUGUGUAUGAAAGGAUUUUCUUUCUGCUUUUCUUUAACCAAGCGCUUGAUUGGCAUUCUCUGGUGCCAAAUAGAGCUUUAGUUCAAAGCAGGAGACAUUAGAAAUUGAGUCUUAAGUACUAUAUACCCUAGAAUGUUUAGCCAAGUUACAUUUUAACCCUUCGUUGAAAAGGAAAAAUGAGUACAACCCAGUGUCCGUGAAUUGUUUUUGUUUGCCAGAUGUACUUUUUGAGAUUAAUGUGAAUUCUUUUGUAGUUUCAUCAGUGGCCAUGAAGAGAAGAGACAAAGUGUUUUGGACGUACAUAAUCAGAAACGAGUGUUUGUUGCAAAAAAAAAAAAUCAUCACGCGUGGGUACCUCACCUCCAUCAUGGACAUCAUCACUGACUGACUGUGUGGUACGAUUCACUCACAAACAGUCUCAUUAGGUUAAGAAAAACACCCUGACCCACUUCUUUAGAUGGGGCAGUUACAAAGUCAUCUCUUGGUAACUGGGCUGUACUUUCUGAGGACCAAGCCAAGGGAACAGUGGUCUCUUUGAUACACACUCUGUCACACACACUAUCUUUAUGCUCUCAAGUUGCAAGACACUGAUAUAAAGAGUGAUCGUGACAGAGAAAGACUUGAGGACUUGAUGUCACAAAGCGCCAUUACUUGAUAGGGUUGUGAUUUAUUCAUGCAAAUGCUGUCGUUGCCAUUUUGCAUCAGGGUACAGGAUGAGCUGAGCCUCUGUCCUGUGCUUCUUUGAUAAUUGUGACUUUUCUUGUUUUUGUUUUUUUUUUUACAUUUUUUGUGCACAAGGGAAAAACAGCUCUCAUGUAGAAGCCUGCAGGCCUUGCAGAUGGAAAAAUCGAUGUACUUUCUUUAAAAUGUUAUUUAAGAGAUGUGACCGUGCCAUAUUGUCAGCACAGCAAACAAUGGAUGACUCUGCAUGCAGUGCAUGGAGUGUACCACAGCCCAUCAAAAUACUCCUCAUGCUUUGUGCUUUUAUCCCCUUCCUUGUCUGUUGAACUGAAUGAGGUCCAGUGCCUUUGAGAUGUAUUAAACCUGCAGUGCAGAACAGCGUAAAUCAUCGUCCAUUACAUUCAAUCCCUUGCCAAAUUAGUUCAAGCAAUUUUGCCUGUGACAGACAAGCAAAUCUCUCAGUUCGUCGCACGCUCGCAUUCACGCCUACAUGCAAAUUUAGAUAACAUGCAAACUCCACACAGAAAGGGUCCAACCAGCCGGCAGGUUCAAACCCAGAACCUUCUUGCUGUGAGGCAACAGUGCUAACCCCAGUCUGUAUUUCGAAAGUUGUAUACGAAAGUUCCACACUGCAGGUUUAAGGUAAAAAGGUCUUUCAAACAAGGGAUAUUUCUAACGCUGAUCUUGCUUUUCAAUGUGUUUUUGAUUUUCUUGGCCGCACUUGGCUCUGUGUAUCAGUUGAAUAAUAUGUGAUAGUGAUCCCCGACAUCAUGUAAAAUUAACUUAAAAAGAGCUACAUGUUGGAUGAAGUUCAUGACGUGAGACAUAAUCUAAUAAUUUCCAGUCCAAAAGCUCUUAAUGAAAUUGUUUUUUGUGAUGUUUCUUCUUUGCACCUUUUGUUUUUUACUCUCCUGCCCAGUAUUGUGAAUGAAUGAGAUGUGACAUAGUGUGAAUUUGAAGUCAGCAUGAUGAUUUUUAAUAUGUAAGUGCUUUUGGUACACAGAUUUGUAUCUAUUUCCAUUAUUUUCUGAUUCAUGCACUCAUUCCAUCCUAUCUGAGUGACAAAAAACAACCACAAAGAUGCGAUCUCUCUUUAAAACAGAGAUGUCAUGUCUGUUAGUGUAACGACCAAGUAGUUUUAGAUCUCCAGUCUUUCUUUCUAAGUAUACUUUUUAAAAGCUACAUGUGGGCUUCACUGACAGGUCCAAAUAAAGUGCAGUUGUUGCGAACAGAAAACAUCUGAAUCUUUGGCACUGUGCUCUUCCUGCUACAACCUGCACAGCUUCUGUUCACAUAUCGUGUGCAGCUUGCCAAUAUUUAAAACACUAACUCGACAUAUACAUUUUUAACAGUUUUUUGUUAUCAGUCUAACAUGGAAGAACAUGUAAGGGCAACAUCAUCACCAUCACCAAAGAAGGCAGCAUAUUAUCAAUGGGUUUUUUUGAUUGUUUGUUUUUUACAGUCCAAUCACUGGUUUCAUAUCUGUUUUAUCACCUUAAAGGGGAAUGUUUUUAAACAUUCGUGCAAUUUUACGUAUUUGGUAAAAACAGGACGCAUGCUUGGUAAUGGGUACGAACCUGCCCAGUAGAACACCUGAGCUGGCAGUUGACCAAAACUGUCAUUUUAAAUUGUUAAAAAUAAAAACAUAAAAAAUGUUAUUGUGUGACUUUGAUCAGUGGCAAAAACAAGCACUUUUAGUGGGCGUAUUUUGACAGGCGCAGUUGUAGUCAUUUAGACACCAAAAUAGAAAAAUAGAAUUAAAAAAAACACCAGAAUCACCCUUUAAUUAAAUAUAUAAGACUUGUUUUGCAUUUUCAUAAAUGCACUUAUUCGCUCUCUUGAUGUUACUUAGGUGAAAAGUUUGAUGCUGUCCAUUAAAUAUAAAGCUACAGCUAACAGCCUGUUAGCAUAGCUUAGCAGCAGGACUGGAAAUGGGAAAAAAACAGCCACCCUAUCAGCAACCGCUAAGGCUUGCUCAUUAUAAUGUCAUAUUUCUGGGGUUAAAUCCAUGAGUUCCACUGGCAAUUCAUAUUAACAGUCAGAUGUCUGCAGGGCGUAAGAGCUAUCAAACUGUUCUGUCUAUUCAAUCCACACCUACUCUGUUAGGACAUCACCGUCCUCAAAACCAGCUGUCCUGUCAGCAGCAGGUCCUGAGGAGCUGAAACUGUCCUGACACGAGCUGACAGGUAGCACACAGAUAUGAGGCUCAUAUCAAUUAUCUAACUCUCAAAAAAAAAAACAGCAAAGCAUUUCCCAAAAUCUCCGAGUCCAGCAGGAGCAGCACAACAAAGAAGCCACAUGUCUGAUCUCUGUAGCAGCCAUUUGAUUGGCUGCAGUGUCCUUAGGCAAGACGUUGAAAACCUGCCAGUCUGUUUAUGUCGAAGCUCUGUAGUCUUCUUUCAUGUUCUUGAGGAUAAUUUCUUUCAUUUGGUCCUGUUAGUAUGAAAACAGCAAGUUGUUCGUGCUGAUGUCUUGGUGCAGAUUAACCACAGGAGAGUCUCAGAUGUACAGACGUCCUGCUGCAUCACAGAUGACAUGAUAAACCCAGUAUGAAGUGGGUCAAGUAGUACAAAGAUACAUGUUACAUGCCAUUUGUUUUAAUCUGGUGAUUUUUUAGUAUCUUUUAAAUUACACUUCUCUUGUCGGUUGUUGGUGCGGUUUAUAUGCUGUUUCCAGCCCUUUCACCACAGUGUACUUGGGUCAAAUCAGUAGAAGAAGGUGAAAGGGACAGUUGGGGGUGCCAACAUCAUCAAUUUUAACAUUUUACACAUAGCAGCUUUAAAAAGGUUUAAAUAAAUCUUCAAAGCAGAUUCAUUCAAAUUGAUUGCUGAAUAAUAUUUUGAAAAUUGAUUUUAGUUGUGUUGAUGCAGUAAAUGGGGUUAAAACAAAAACAAAUAGUCAUUUGCAAAAACUGUUACUCAUCAGUGCUGGUCCAGAGGGCUCAACUUUGGUACAUAUUUAAAUAUGUGAUGUUAUGCCAAACUUACUUACUUUAAAUAACAGAUGUGAAUGUGCUUUGUUUGCCUGACUGAUGGAAUUUGGUACAAAAAGAUGAAGCAACUGUCAUCUCCUCUGCUCGUUCAAGUCAUCUGAUGUGAACCACCCUGCCUGAGCAUGUUAGAAAUAAAUCGGAAAUGCUGUUCAAAAUGGACUAAACCAGUUGUGUACCACAUGGAUUAAACUGUGAAGAUAAAUAAGAAAAAACUGAAUAAAAAAUCCACCAUAUCCAUAUACAAGGUGAACACUAUCCAAUAAAAGAAGGAAAAUCAAGUACGGUACUUUCAGCUGUGUGGUUUUCUUUCGCAUGAAUGAAAUGUGCCAUAUAUUGCUCUGUUACUUUAACUUUAACUCAUAACUUUAGGUGACAAUUACAGUGCUUGAAAUUAAUAAAGAUAUUCUCCUUUCCUUGUGUUUGAAACCCGCCUGAACACAACUUGUUUCAUGUGAA